AACCUUGGAGAACUUGAAGAACGAGAGCAUGUUCGGUCACCGGUGCGUCCACGUCGUCAAGGUAUUCGGAGAGAUUUUUUAGUAGACGAAAAUAGUCGUUCAUGGAGCGGUUGCCUUUCACAGUGGUGCGGAAACGAUGCUCCAAUUGCAUCGCCUGUGCGUGCUUGUUGUCGUGGAAGAGGUUGUAGAUGGCCGUCCAAAGAGCAUGAGCGGUGAGAUUGUUGGCAAGGACGAGAUCGGAAACUUCAUCCGUGAUGGUGGACAAGAUCCACCCUUGAAUGAGGGCAUCAAAUUGAUACCAUUCAGCGUCGUCAGCGGAAGAAGCGAUGGUGGUGCCGUCGAUGAAUCCCUUGAGGUUGAAUCGGAGAAUCAAGAGUCGAAACAAUCGACUCCAUUUUUUGUAAUUUGGCUCGGAAAGACUAAGUUGCACGGGGAUAUGGAGUUUAAUAUUUGAUAUAGUUGUGAAGGCUAGAUGAUGGGAAUUGUUGGAAGAAGAGUUGUCGGAGUUCGAGACAACCUUGCCGGAAGAUGGGGAAGAAGCAGCCAUGGCUAUUGAGAGAGAGAGGAUCGGUGGCUGUGUAGGGGGAGGGGCUGCCAAUCGUAAGGUUGGGGAGAGACGGAAGCCGAAGUUAGGGCUCUAAUACCAUGUAGAAUGAAUAAUUUCCAAUAAA